AUGGAUACUGUUGGAAUAUUGGUAUGCUACAAUGGAAGUUGGGUUAAGAAGGAUAACAUUGAGAGUUACGAAGGUGGGGAGGCUAAAGGCACAAUAGUGUCACGGAACGUAACGUUUUCCGACCUUGUUCAGCGCAUUUAUAAGAUCAUGGAUGCAAAUCCCACGAAAUAUAUUGUCACACUGAAAUAUUCAGUUCCUGUAUCCUCAUCUGUCUGUAAGCAUAUAAGGGUUGAAGACAAUGAUGAUGUUAAAUAUUUUGUAAAGUACAACACAGAUGUUAUGGCCUCUAAAGUAACCCCUUUAGUAGCAAGCUUGAAAAAUAUUGAAGGUCAUGGUAUUGAAGGGUGCAAUGGCAUUGUAAGCGUUGAGAGUAGCAAUGCUCCUGCUGACUUUGUUGUGGAACAAAGAAAUGUGGUAAUUCGGGACAAUGAAACUGAAAAUGGUGGGAAUGAUUUUAAUUGGUGUGAUUGGGUUGAAGAAGUGAAUUUUGAAAGUGGUGAAAACAUAGUUGCUGAUUUCAAUGAACCUAGCAACGAAGAGGAACCGCAGUCUGCUCCGAUUCUGCAUCCUUAUGAGGACAGCAAUGUCAAACCGUCCACUGUGCAAUGUAGACAGGUGCAAUCUGAACCUCCCCGACAAUCAAGUUCGACUGAAAUGCAUACAAGUCGGGGUGAUUUGAAGCAUGGUCAGAGUUUGGAAUAUAUUCAGUAUGGUGGAGGCGUUUCGUGCAUAAAUUGGGAAGCAAAUUUGAAGGUUGGCCAAGUUUUUCCAAAUAAGAUUGCCCUUUUAAAAACCAUCAGUUUAGCAGCUAUUACAGGCCACUUUCGAUUGAGAACUGUCCAAUCUGGGAAGCAUCGGUUGUGUGUUCGCUGUUGGCAGCUUCCUUGCCCUUGGAAAGUUCGGGCAUAUAAAGUUGGAUUACAUGAGUUUAAGGUUGUUAAAUACGAUCCACUUCAUGAAUGUGAUACAACGUAUAUAAGUAGUCAUCAUCCUCAAGCUACGACUGAAUUGCUGUCUGACUGUGUUAAGUGGAGAUUUCAAAGAUUCGCGCAGCAUUUAUACAGCAGCUGA